AGCAAGUCUUUCUCAGCAAUCAUCGACAUCGUUCCACUGACAUUGACAGUACUGGUCAUCACCAUCGCCUCUGUCUGAGGCCAACCUGUAUGCACGCAUGGACGGAGCGAGAUCUUGUCUAUUGUGCUGUCAGACAUGCAUAGGAAACGGCGUGGGCAACGAGCACGACAAAUCGAACCCCUUUGCUCUGGAUAAUCUGUUAUCUGCGGGAACUAUCAGUGUAGAUUUUCAAGGCCGUCAUCUGCAUUGCGCUCAUAUACACGCGAGUGACACCUGGCAUCCAGUACCGUCGUGUCAGCUCUCUGUUUGUGUAGAGGAUGAUGUAUUCUGUAAGAUCUCUUUUUUAACUGAACAUCAAUUCUUGCGCGCUACCUGUUGCCUUGGAACGAGUCAACGAGUGUUGUAUAUCCGCAUUUACCUCGUGCCUACCGAUUUGAAAAGUGCAAAAGAAAGCCUGCGACUUCGCAGUGAAGCUGUAUUGAAAGAGGGUCGCCGUCACCUUCAGGCCUUACUGCCCUCGAUCGUACAGGACCGACAUUCCUGGAAUGCAGAUGAACUCCCCUCGACCAGUCAACCUCAAAAGUAUUUCUUGCCGAGGGAUAUUGAUAAUCGCACAAUGGCGGAAAUCUAUAGCGACCUACCAUCGUUGUUCUCUUCAAAAAUUGCUGUGAGACACGAAAUAAGGGGUCUUCGCAGUACUUUGUAUGAGUACCAGAGACAGUCCGUGGCCGUGAUGAUCGAGAAGGAGCUAAGCAACCAGCCUGUCCAAGACCCUCUAUACAUCCCGAUCUCAAAUAUGCAUGGCGAACGCUUUUACUUCCAGCCUUCAAUUCUUACUGUUGUACGUGAAUGCCCAACAGUUGCUCGGUGUAAGGGCGGAAUCCUAUGUGAAGAACUAGGCACGGGAAAGACAGUGAUGGUCUUGGGCUUGAUCCUUGCUACUAUCAAUCAGCUAUCUCAUCCAGAGGAAUCGCUAUUGGACUACCGCCCCGUCAUGUCUCCCUUGGCCUAUCGCACCUUCCCUGCAGAUGAGUACCAUAAUGCUCGAAGAAGGGCUGGCAUGCAUAAAAGUUUGGCGCUGGAUGUAACACAUGUACCCUCUCUCGUUGAAAUUCUUCUUCACCGCAUAAGGACGUGGGGUGACAAGGUGGAUACGCGAUCGCACGAAGAACGAUUAGAAGCGUCCAACCUCUGGCAUCUCCUUCAAGCCAAUACGCCAUUUUAUCACCACUACCUCGUCAAAUCACACAUGCAUGGCCUUGGUCCUUCUCGCACAAGAGAUCGAGUCUCUGCAUAUCCACGACUGAUGCACCUAACAACAGCAACACUUGUUGUUGUGCCCGUAAAUCUACUUGGACAAUGGGGCAUGGAAAUUCUGAAACAUUGUCAUAGCACGUUGAGAUAUCUUAUCGUCCGACAGACAACGAAAAUACCAAGUGCGAAGGUGUUGGCGUCUGAUUAUGAUGUACGUUUUCGCAGGGAGUCAGUGAAGAAUAAAGUUGCUCAUUUGUGUAAAUUCAAACCCUGUACUUGUGCUCCAUUUCCUGGUAGCCGCGUACCAGACUGUCGUUGUCCCGGCGACCCAGAUCUAUCACCUCUUCUUCAAAUUCGCUGGAAGAGGCUGGUGAUCGACGAAGGCCAUACGUCAGGAAACACGGCCGCCGCGUUAAAUAACUUCGUUCGUGAGCUAAGCAUCGAACGUAAAUGGAUUGUGACUGGAACACCAACGUCGAAUAUACUAGGGCUGAGCUUGGGGCGCAAGCAGGAUGAGGACAUAGAAAAUGGCAUCGGAAUCGACAAUACCUACUCAUUACCUAUACCUGCUACGACGGAGUGUUCUUCGUCCGAUAGCUCUUCGAUUUCUGACGGCGAUGCAGAGAACACAGUCAGAGUAUGGGGGACGUAUGACUACGUCAACCUGCGAAAACUCGGGGCAAUGAUCAGCGACUUCCUCGCCGUCCCCCAGUUUCAUUCUGAUCUCAAAUUGUUCGGUAGCCACGUUUCUGCACCCCUUUGCGAUCGUCGUGGGCCUCGCGUAGGCGCAGUCAAAGUACUGAGUCAGGUCAUGGAGAUGGUCAUGGUUCGUCACAGGAUUGAAGACGUUGAGGAAGAAGUAGUUCUACCUCCCAUGCGGCAUACACCCAUUUACAUGGAUCUCGAUGCCUACGCUGCGAAGUCUUACAAUGCAAUGCAAGCCAGUAUUGCAAUUAACGCUAUUGACUCUCAACGUGAGGGUCAGGAUUACAUGUUCCACCCCAGGAACGCAAAAAGUCUUCAGAUUGCCAUGGACAACCUAUCACAAGGAAUGUUCUGGUCGGUGUCCGACAUCUUGUUCAAUGUCGAUCAAAUACGACAUGAGGCCCCUAAAUUUCUGGCUCGUGCCACCGCAGCCAACAUGCCCGAUCAUGAUAUGGCGCUGUUGGAAGAAGCACUAGCACACGCGGAGGCGAUAGCGAAAGAUCCUCUAUGGCGCGCUAUGCAACAUCAUGAAGAUGUACCUUUCCACGUUACGGGGAUGGAUGCAGCUGUAUUCGAAGCCUGGACACGGGGAAGGUUGAAGGACAGAUCUCGUGUUCAUGAUCUCAUGCACGCGAACCGGCUAUGUGAUUUACGAGCUCUUGUUCGCAAUCAACCUUUGAUGAAUCUUAGUCGUUUGGUCGAGGAGGGUAAAGCGCUGGAUUUCAAUGAACGAGCACGAUGCGAGAAGAAAUCCACGCAAGUGCAUGAUGUCACAAACGCCGCACAGAUGAAAAAGAUGGUGUCUGAGGUUAAAGACGAAUUGGAGGUCAUAAAAGAGAAAGAAAAAAUAUAUCAAACAGAGGAUGUGCCUGAAACACACAUCGAUGACCUUGUUCGCCGCAAGUUGGGGCAUCACGAUGCUCCUUCGCCAUCCAAUCUACUCAGCUUAUCGCCAUUGUCAGGGACAUGUGUCGGGCCAUCUCUAUCCACCAAGCUGAACUUUGUCCUAGUCCGAGGUAAGUGCACAGUUCUGGAGUAUUCAGAGAAGGAAAAAUUCCUCAUAUUCUCUAAUUCGCCACUCACUCUUGCCCACAUCGCAGAGGCACUCUCUUUGAUCGAAAUUAAGUACCUUCGAUAUACAACGGAUAUGUCUCCGCCACUACGAGAGCAAUGCGUCAUGACUUUCGAGUCCUCUGAGACGUUCCGUGUUUUCCUGAUGGAGUUGAAGCUCGGUGCUCGUGGUCUGAACUUGAUCUCUGCUUCCCGAGUGAUCUUCUGUGAGCCUGUCUGGCACCCCGAUGUCGAGGCGCAAGCUAUAAAGCGAGCGCACCGUAUCGGACAGACAAAACCAAUUACUGUUAAGACUCUGGUGAUCAAACACACUGCAGAAGAAACGAUGGUCGCUAGGCGUCAUCUCCUGAAGGGAUCCAGUAAAAUUCCAAGGAUGACUGCUGAAGUGGGGAUGCGCCACUUUAUGGAGAACCCUCGCUUUCUAGCUGUUCCAAUAGAGCCAGAACAUUUCUCUUCGUCGUUUCAGAUACCCUUGCUAAUGUAUGCAGACCCUCAAGGACAGACUCACACCUCGGAGGAUUCAGCCACAUUAUCAGCCCCAAAUAUCAACAUCAUCAAUACCUCAGAUGAUACGGUAGACCGGGCUUUGAAACGACCUCGAACGGUUAGGUUCGCGGAUUGACCCCGAGGCUCAUUUCGUGGCUAAACACAUAGUCAUGAUGUAUUGCGCUGUGGUUAUGGAAUGAUAUCUUUCACCAUUAUUCUUCUCACUAACCCUUGAUCCGGAAUUUUACUUUGAGAAACUCCGUCGAUCGCAUUAGCAGAUGACCC